AUGCGAGCAGUUAUGUCAAGGAUAUUUGGUGGAGGCAAUAUGAUCAUCAGGAGAAGAAAUCGUCAAGUGUUGAAUGAGAUGAGUACGAAUGUUGCUUUUGCCUUCGAAGAUUUCGAUGAAACCCCGACGUUGAAUUUUGAUGAAGCGUUUUCUAAUGUAAUAAAGGGUGUUUACAACUCUGAGAAGGAAGCAUAUGAAAAGUAUUGUCAUUACGCGCAUUCAAAUGGAUUUAGUGUUCGAAAAGAACAUCACCAUUUCUGGCCAAAUACUAAGAAAAUCAAAUCAAAGGAUUUUGUUUAUUCUAAAGCAUGUUUCAAGAAGGAGACUGAGAUGGGUACGAAGGUAAAAUAUCAAAAAUCUUGUACACGAACUGGAUGUCCUGUCAUGGUAAGAUUUGCUGUGAGUCAAGAUGGGAUUUGGACGGUGAAUAAAUCUAUAGAGAGUCACAAUCACGAACUUGCUAGAUCGGAUGAUCAACAUUUGCUCAGGUCAUCUAGGAGCAUUAGUGAUGAGAAUGCAGCUGUUUUGAAAUCUAUGUCAGAAGCUGAGAUAAGAACUGUCGAUGCAUUUACAUACCUAUCUGAUGAAGUUGGAGGUGUGGGUAAUCUGGUUUUCACGAAGCGGGAUGCAUACAACUACAUACAAAAAGAAAGAAGAGCCAAGAUAGAGACUGGAGAUACUAAUUCACUCAUCAAGUUGUUUAAAGAACGGACAAUUAAUGACAACAUAUUUUCCUGGGAUGUACAAACUGAUGAAGACGGUUGUUUGUUGAAUUUCUUCUAG